GAAGUUCAUCCCAAUAAAUCCAUAACAUCAGAUACCUAAAUUGAGAUUAGAUAUAAAUUUAACAACCAUGAGUACAUUUGGAAGCCCUGGUGGGCGUAUGAUUAAUAAUAAACCUUCUCCGUAAGUUGUUCUGCUGUAUUAUCUUCUUACUAUGGAGGUUUUCGAGGAAAAGAAUGCUAAUUUAUACAUUGGGUUGUAGACCGGAAAGAGGAAGUUUUCCGCUGGAUCAUGAUGGUAUGAUUUCCUUUUCUUUUCCAAUUACACACCCACGGGUGUGCCUGCAAACGAUAUAAGGCUGGCGGGUGAAUGGGAUGUGGAUAGAGGGAAUGCCAACGAAAUACUAAUGCGACGAUACGAUUCAGGCGAAUGUAAAUCGGUUAUGCAAAGUUAUCUUAAUUGCAUGAAGAAGGUUCGAGGUAUGAAUGAUCCGGAAUGUAGGAAUUUGGCAAAAUCGUAUUUAUCGUGUCGGAUGGAUAGGUGGGUUCUUGGAUUCUAUUUAUACAUGAUUUGGGUGGAUAAUAGGGUUGAGGACUAAUGCGUCUAAUGUGCUGUAGGAAUUUAAUGGCGAAAGAUGAAUUUAAGAAUUUAGGCUUUGCAGAUGAGGAGUCGGAUUUGAAGAGUGUGGAUAAGAAGCAUGAGGCAAAGAAUGGGGGUACGGAUGCAAAUAAACAUAAAAAUGAGUUAAGGUGGUGAUGUCGGUACUAGAAGCUAUUUGAGGCGAGAGGGUGCAGAUGAAUGAAGAGCCAAGGGCUAGCGAGAUGGGUGUCUUAUAUCACUUGUACAAUACAGCAUUGGAUUGGCGUUCCGGAGCGAAGAUAAAGAUCGAAGUCGACUAUUCGAAUAGGAUGUUAGGGUGAUUCAUUCAUUGUACACAUCCGUACAAGGAAUAAAUAUUAUUUCAACU